CCGAGGAGGCCGCACGGCCCGGCCCGGCCCGGCCGCGCGGGUAAAGGCGAGUGGAGGAGCCCUGCGCCCAACAGCGACCGAGGGAAGCGACCAGCAGCCGCCCCACGUGUACUGCCGCCCGGCCGGCGGGAGGGGUUUGCGGCGGUCCCCGAGCGCCGCUUGAGAGCGGGGAGCUGAAGCGGUGGCCCGGCCGGAGAGACCGGGGGAGGAGGGCACAUGAGGCGCUGGCAGGAGGAGGGAGAAGCAGCAGCAGCAGCCGCCAGCCGGCCACAGCACCCGCGGCGCUCUGCCCGCGCCGCACGCCGCGGCUCCUCAGCGGCGCGGGCCGAGGGCGAGCCGUGAGGGCAGCAGCAGCCCGGAGGUGGCCGCCGCCGGCAGCGAGGCUCCCCCGGCCCGCGGGGGCGCCGCCGCCCGCGCACCGCUGCCGUUGGCGGCGCGCGCGCCUGGGGGGCCCAGAGCGGGCAUCAAGAACUGUUCAUGUGGGGGAAACGCAAAUAGAAGCGACACUUAAAGCGAGCCUGCUAGCCAAAUGGUGAAAUUCUGGAGGGGAAAAGGAGACUCAAGAAAAGAAGAAUGCUAUGCAGAUGAUCAAGAGCAAAAAGAGUUGAAAACCAGACUUCUUGGAGCCAACUCUAGCAAAGAGGAGUUCUGUUUCUGCCAGCCAGACCCAGUCUCCAGUGCUGGUCCCCCUGAUGGCAGUUUGUACAACCCUGUGAAACCUGCCAAGCUGGACGCCGCAGCUUUGCACGACUGCACUUUGGCCGCCACUGUGCCUCCUUCGGAGCUGUCGAAUCAUGCAGUCCUAGCCUGUGACACAGGCAUUCACGAAGAGCACUAUGUAAGUGAAGCAGUGGAAGAUGAUGUGCCAGACUGCAGAGAGUACAGAGAUGCCUGCACCAUUACUGAUGUGUGCAAUAGUACCAAUCUUCCUGAAGUUGAAAUCAUCAGUCUACUGGAAGAGCAGCUGCCUCAUUAUAAGCUAAGAGCAGAUACAAUCUAUGGUUAUGACCACGACGACUGGCUUCAUACACCGCUCAUUUCCCCUGAUGCGAAUAUUGACUUAACAACUGAACAAAUAGAAGAGACCUUGAAAUAUUUCCUUUUAUGUGCUGAAAGAGUGGGCCAGAUGACUAAAACAUACAAUGACAUAGAUGCUGUUACACGUCUUCUUGAAGAGAAAGAACGGGACUUAGAGUUAGCUGCUCGGAUUGGCCAGUCGCUGUUAAAGAAGAAUAAAUCACUGACAGAAAGAAAUGAGUUCCUGGAGGAGCAAGUAGAACACAUCAGGGAAGAGGUUUCUCAGUUGCGGCAUGAGCUUUCCAUGAAAGAUGAGCUGCUCCAGUUCUAUACCAGUGCUGCUGAAGAAAGUGAGCCGGAGUCCAUCUGUUCCACCCCGCUGAAGAGGAAUGAAUCUUUCUCCUCUGUCCAGAACUACUUUCAUUUGGAUUCUCUUCAAAAGAAACUCAAGGACCUUGAAGAGGAGAAUGUUGUGCUUAGAUCUGAGGCCUGUCAGCUGAAGACUGAAACAAUUACUUACGAAGAGAAAGAACAACAGCUUGUCAAUGACUGUGUAAAAGAGCUAAGGGAUGCAAACAUCCAGAUUGCCAAUAUCUCCGAAGAGUUAGCAAAGAAAACUGAAGAUGCUGCUCGGCAGCAGGAAGAAAUCACCCAUCUUCUCUCUCAGAUAGUCGAUCUGCAGAAAAAGGCAAAAGCUUGUGCAGUUGAAAAUGAGGAACUUGUCCAGCAUUUGGGAGCAGCUAAAGAUGCCCAGAGACAGCUCACAGCAGAGUUGCGGGAGCUGGAAGACAAGUAUGCAGAGUGCAUGGAAAUGCUUCAUGAGGCUCAAGAAGAGCUGAAAAACCUUAGGAACAAGACAAUGCCAAAUGCCAUAUCACGUCGGUACCACUCUCUCGGUCUCUUCCCUAUGGACUCUUUGGCAGCAGAGAUAGAAGGGUCAAUGAGGAAAGAACUGCAUUUAGAUGAACCCGACUCUCCUGACUUAGCUCAUCAGAAGCGGGUCUUCGAGACGGUGAGAAAUGUUAACCAAGUUGUCAAGCAGAGAUCCAUGACUCCAUCACCAAUGAAUAUCCCAGGCUCUAACCAGUCCUCAGCUAUGAACUCAGUCAUUUCUAGCUGUGUCAGCACUCCGCGUUCCAGUUUCUAUGGGGGAGACAUCUCUAACAUUAUGAUAGACAACAAGACCAAUAGCAUCAUCCUAGAGACAGAAUCCUCUGACAAUGGAAAUGAAGACAGGAUGAAGAAGCCUGGAACUCCGGGGACUCCAGGCUCCAGUGACCUAGAGACCGCCCUUCGUAGGCUGUCUCUCAGGCGGGAGAAUUACCUCUCGGAGCGGAAGUUCUUCGAAGAAGAGCAGGAAAGAAAGUUGCGGGAACUGGCAGAAAAGGGUGAACUCCAUAGUGGUUCUGUUACCCCCACCGAGAGCAUCAUGUCACUGGGAACUCACUCCAGAUUUUCAGAAUUCACUGGAUAUUCAGGAAUGUCGAUCAGCAGUCGCUCCUACCUGCCAGAAAAGCUUCAGAUUGUGAAACCACUAGAAGGUUCUGCCACUUUGCACCACUGGCAGCAGCUGGCUCAGCCUCACCUGGGAGGGAUCCUGGACCCGAGGCCCGGGGUUGUCACCAAGGGCUUCAGGACCCUGGACCUGGACCUGGAUGAAGUGUACUGCCUUAAUGACUAUGAGGAAGAUGAGACAGGUGACAUUUCUUACAAGGGCCUAACUACCUCGACGCCAGUUCAGCACACAGAGACCUCAGGUGAGAGGUCACAAGCACAAGUGACUGUUUCAGACAACAAGAAUAACCCCCGCCAAUCUCAGGCUUUCACAGAGGAGAUGCAGGAGUCCGCGACUGACGAUGAUGAGGGGUCUGGUGAGGGAAACUCAUUAAGUCCAGUAAAACUGACAUCUUUACAGGAUUUUGAUUACUGGGCCAUUCUUGCAUCUCUCCAGAACAGCAUCCAUAGUAUUGCUUUGUGUGUAGCAUCUGCACGUUAAUGCGUGCAGUAGUUAGAACAUAACCAUUCUAACAUUGGCUUAAAAAUCCUUUCUUUAAUAAUCUUUUAAUUUGAUUUUUUUUUUCAGUAACAGCAUCUGUGGUCAAUAUUUUAAUAUAUUUUGAUAAGAGAAGGCUGCUAAAAGGAAGUGGUUCAUUCACAAACCUUUGUGUGGCACAUAUGCGACUUGUAUGUGUAUUGAGUGCACGCUCUUCAGUGUAUAUAAUGUAUAGACCUUAUAUAUUUUGUAUGCUUAUAGUGCAGAUAUUUUUCUGACUGUUCAUAAGAGGUGAUGCCAUGCUUUAGAUUUUGUACUUUGGGGAAAAAACAAAGAUGAAAUGAUGACAAACGGUGCAUCUAAGUUGCCUUUGCUGAAACAAAUGGAAGUGCCUCGAAAAUCAAGCAAAGAAAUUCUGCAAGUUUAAUUCCGUUACCUCAGAUACAGUUACCUGUUCUUAAAUUCUCUUUGAGAUAAAGAAUUAAGAGGAUGUUUUUUUACAGAGAACAAUGACGUUUCCCUCGUUCCCUCUCCACCACACUAUUAAAUUCUACCCUUCCUAUUUAUACCAUAUUAAGACAAACAUUUUUAAAUGAUGCAGUAAUGCAUGAGUUAUUAAAUACUCUGAACUGACAUUUGCAGUCUGUUAUUGCACAAGGCUACAGGUUCUUAGACUGUAAAUGUGUUUUGAGUUUGUGUGGUUUCUUUUUUUGUUGUUGGUUGGGGGGGGGGGGGGAUGGUGUUUUGUUUUAAUAAGCUGUAGAGGCACUUAUUAAGCACCUUCAUUAAGAUUUGCUGCUGUUAAAGAAUUAUGUUUAGUCCAGAAUCAGAAAACUACCAGAACUCUUUUUUCUUCAGACUUCUUGUUUUUAGAUAGCUACUUUAAAUGAGGGCACUUCCUUCCCCCUGCUUUUUUUGGAAUAAAUCAUAAUUUAUUAUUUGACUGGUCUUUGGAAGAUUAGAUUGUCUCAGGGCUAGACAAUAAUAUUUCUGUUACUUUUGUGAAGUGCAGAGUAUCCUCAGCUCUCACUGAAAUGGCAUUCGGUUCUUUCAGCUAUUGAAUAUAAGCUACUUCUUGCAGUCAGUUGUAUUAAGAUUAAACUUAGAAUCAUAGAAUCAUUUAGGUUGUAAAAGACCUUUAAGAUCAUCGAGUCCAGCUGUUCACCUAGCACUGCCAAAUCCACCACUAAACCAUGUCCCGAAGCACCACAUCUACAGGUCUUUUCAAUACCUCCAGGGAUGGUGACUCAACCACUCUUCUGGGCAGCCUCUUGCAAGGCUUGAACGUUCAAACCUUCAACUUCCCUUUCCAUUGGCAAAAAUUGUCUUUAUGCUAUGAGAUCUACUGCCCAGGAAUAAUGACUAUAUUAACUUUUUAUAUUAAUAUGGAAAUAAAUAAUGUGUUUGCAGGAGUUGUGUACAGUUUUGGAUAUUAUCCAAGUGUUUAUCAUUUUGAAGAGUAAAUAACAGCAAGAAAAGCUAGAGUUCUAAGAAACAUGGACUGAAAUAAUUGGCAUUUUUUAAAAUCUAUGGAAUGAAAUAUUUAAGAAAAGGUAUGAUUCAUUUUAAAAUGUGUUGCUGCAGAGAGGAAGAGAACAAGCAGUUCUUCAUGUACUCAGAAUACAAUAAUUGCACAAAAAAAAGCUAUUUGGGUUACACUUUGGGUGAAGAAUUUUCUAAUUGUAAGAAUAUUCAACACAAGACCAUGUUGAAAAUUUGGAAACCUUAUUGCCAUGGACUACAUGUAGACAGGGAUAUAGCUAUAGUUUAGGUUUUGUUGGUUUUUUUUAAGAAAAACAUCUGUGGGUAAUGAUUUGGAGUAGAAAAAUAAAUGUAGACUUGGUCUAUGAUUACCGACUGCCAAGACAGACCAGUAUUGCUCUCCAUUUCCUUUCUGCAUUACAAUUUGAAUACAGGUCACUGUUAUUAACAGGUUAUUAUUGCCUAGUUACUGCUGAUAUUGCCUGGGAGAACUUAGAUAACUAAUCUCAGACAAGGUUUUUAAGCAUAUUCCCUACCUUAUAAAUUGGCAAGUAGAUAAAAUCUAUUAAAUUGUCCUAGUAAUCUGAUUUCAUUGUCUAUUGUUUGCUGAGUAAUUGUGAUACAUUACAGAAAUAGAUACAUUGGUCAAUAUUAAUAACUUUGUGUAGAAUAAACAAAUGCACUGAAAAGUUCAAUUUCCCAUUCUUUAUCCUUCCUCCAGAUUGCCAAGCUGCUUAGAAUUUAGGCGUAUCCGUGAGCCACCACAUCAUUAUUGGUUGUGUUGCUCAAAUGAAGUAAAGAUACUGGUUCAUAUGCUUUUUGUUGAAGCAAUUUGCCAGAUGGUAUACAAGGAGAAGCUAAUUGAGGAUGUUUUCAGAGUAGGCACUUAGCACUGUGACAGGGCUUCUUAGGAUCCACAAUCUACCCACUGAAGAAUUCCUUUCCGGAGGAGAGAUGUGUGCUUAUGAAUUUACUUUGUAUUUAAAUAUUGUGCAGUUGGCACUCCUCUUGAAAAAAACUUGUCAGCGUUCUUUCUGUCUCUCCUAGACUUCUCUGUGAGAAAUGCAAUGCAGGUAGGGGUGUGUAUGGACAUGCAUUUCCUUAGAGUGCUGUCAUAAGUACCAGGUUAUGACCUCAUUGCUUACGUGAUUCCAGGGGAGAUUCCAGGCAGCAACAUAGAGGAAGAUCUUGCUAGAGAAUGUGGAAGUAGAAUAAAAAGUGAAGGAGAGAAAUAUCUUGGAUACAAUCUUCAGUGACAGUGCUUUGCUUGUAAUCCAGGAUAGCUCCAUUGUGGAAAAAUCUAGCUCAAGAGGUUCAUAAAAGCAGGAAAGCAUCUCCCUACAAUUGCUGUUGGCAGACCAUAGCCUGCCAGCCUAGAGCUACAGGUCUACUAACCUGAGAACAAAACGUCUUUGGAAAUAGAGUGUCUACAAGGACUUCCCAGCAGGUAUAAGUCGUCUUAUUCUUUUGGGUAGGUGUCUGCUUCAUUUGAUAUGUAUGCUUUGAGGGUUGUAUCUUACCAUUUUUUUGGUGGAGAUGUUCUCUGGCAGAGUACUAUGAGGUCCUGUUUUUACUGCCAUUUUGUGGGCAUGUAGAGCACUGCUCAAGAUGAGCCCUAAGAGAAGUCAUUUUAACAUCCAGGCUCAGGAGAACAAACAUUGCUGGUGGUGCCAAAGAUGUCUUGUAGCCAAAAUAAUUGUAUUCAGAACAGAGUAUCAGUUGUUUCUUGUUGAGUGAUGAAUAGAGUGAGAAAUCAUUCUCACUACAUAAGAAAAAGUUAUGAUCCUUGAAUUUUCCUGUCCCUAUGUUGAGACACGUAGUAUCCAUUGAUAUGUAAAAUACCUUCCUCACCGUAUAUGCAGAUUAUAUCCCAAUUAUGGCACUGAGUGUUUCAGAAUAAAUUAACACACAUGUAACUUAUGACCUGCAGUUGGUCUGUCAGAGCUACAUGCUGUGUGUAGGCUCAGUAAUUUUAUGGAGGAUUGUAAAUUCCAGAAUCGCAGUUCUAGCUUAAUACCCAGGAAUAGUUUGAAAUUUGUGUAUCACUUGAGUAGACUCUCAGCAUAAUUGGAAUGGUAAAGAAGUUACAGGACACAGCAUUGUUAAUACCAUCUAGGACAAAUAAUUUUUGUAGCACAAAUUUUUAGUAACCUCUUUUUAUUCUUUGAAAGAAACUGUAGUAUAUUAUAAAACUGUACAGAGUCUGUUUUGGGGGGAGGGGUGGUUGUUUUGUGGUUUGUUGUUUUUUUUUUUUUUUUAAUUCAUUGCCUUUCACAUUCCCCUUAAACAAAAAACCCCAAGUCAUUCAAAGCACUUAAUAAUGUUGUGGAUGUUCUCAUUUUGAAGUUGGAAGGGCCACGCUUGACUCAGUGUGUGCUUAAUUGCAUGCUAGUUUUUGGUGCGCGAAACUGGUCUUUCAGUACUUGUGUUUGUUAGUUCCACUGAUUGAUUGCUUUGAACACAACAUGUGUGCAGUAUUACAGGAUCAGCCCUCUUGUACUUCAUGUUUAGACCUUAACAAUGACAUGGAGAUCUUUCCAAAUAGAUGCCUAAAAUCACAGAAACACAUAAUGAAUGUCUUAUGUUUGAGUUGUUUUUAGCAGGAUUACUAUAAAUGCUUCUAAGAGGUUACCAUUGUACAGAAAAGCAGUAAAUUUUGUAACUCUUCUUAGAGCUAAGGUAUUGAUGCAUAUUUAAAUAUAUUUUAUUUUCAAAUGGCUUGAAUAUUUCACAGCAAUUAUUUCUUUAAGAAAAAUCUGUCAGCAUUUGCUAUCCGUGCUGUUAAAAUGCUAGAAUUUUAAUUUGGGAUCCUAGCCUGCAUAAAAUAAUGUUGACGCCACACUAAAUACAUUGAAGUCUUUU